AUGGCAAUGGGAGGUGCCCUUGGUCCUGAUUGGUCAGCAGAACUCUCCAUGACUGGCAUGCAAAAGAUCUCCCAUUGCGUAACAGUGGAGAAAUGUGUGGAGGUGAGAUAUGUACUCACCAGAGAAGAGUUUUUGUCGUCAGGAAAAUCAUCUACGGAUCUGUCUGGAAAUGUAGAUCAAGAUUGCUGGCCUGUCUACGUAGAGCUCACCAAUGACAAGGUGUAUGGCUGUGAUUUGUUGGUCAAUGCCACUGGAGUUGUACCCAAUACUAGCCCAGUCUUAACUGGAAAUUAGUUUACUCUAGCAGAAGAUGGUGGAAUACGUGUUAACGACAAAAUGAGGACAUCAGAGGAUGAUGUAUAUGCAGCUGGAGAUGUAUGCACAGCGAGCUGGGAACCAGCACAACAUUGGCUGCAGAUGAGGCUUUGGUGCCAGGCUAGGCAAAUGGGAGCGUGUGUUGGUCAGUGUAUGGUGGCAGACUUCAACAGCCAACCCAUUUCUUUGGAUUUCUGUUUUGAAGUGUUUGCCCAUGUCACUAAAUUCUUCAACUACAAAGUCAUUUUUUUGGGUAAAUUCAAUGCUCAAGGAUUAGGAAGUGACUACGAGAUUUUGUUGAGGGUAACUAAAGGGUCAGAAUAUGUAAAGGUUGUGUUGAGAGAUGGGCGGAUGGGAGGGGCGAUUCUAAUUGGAAAGACAGAUCUUGAAGAAACAUUUGAAAACCUCAUUUUGAAUCAGAUUGAUUUAACUCCAAUUAAGGAGGAUUUGUUGGAUCCAAACAUUGAUAUAGAAGACUUCUUUGACUGAUAUAGUCUCUGUGAUAUUUGUAGAUAUAUCUGUAAAUAAAUGUAAAUAACAAGUAUCUCCUACAAGCCUUUUUCAUACAAGCACAAUCAAGAAGAGUUAUCAUUGGGAUGAGAUAGUUUUGUUUUGUUUUUUUUGUGUUUUUUUUUUUUGUUUUUUUUUUUUAUGAAAUUGUAAACUGACCAAAUUUCAUUUUGCUAUCU